UAGCUAACCAUUGGCGAAGCGCUCGCCUUAUUACGUCAUAUGAUUAAUGCAAUGUGUGAACUGUAGACUGCAGCAACCUCGAAAGGUCGGUCAUACCUGCAUCACUUUGCCUUGCAACGCCUUUUCGAAAUUCGUGUUCAAAAAUAAAUCAUUAUGAGAGAAAUUGUGCAUCUUCAAGCUGGCCAAUGCGGUAAUCAAAUUGGAGCUAAGUUUUGGGAAGUGAUAUCAGACGAACAUGGUGUCGAUCCGACUGGAACUUACCACGGCGAUUCAGACCUUCAGCUAGAAAGAAUCAAUGUCUAUUAUAACGAAGCUACAGGCGGGAAAUAUGUCCCUCGUGCUGUUCUUGUCGAUUUGGAGCCGGGUACCAUGGACUCUGUACGUUCUGGACCGUUUGGGCAGAUUUUUAAGCCUGAUAACUUCAUCUUUGGACAAAGUGGUGCAGGUAACAACUGGGCUAAAGGGCAUUACACAGAAGGAGCUGAGCUCGUGGAUUCUGUCUUAGAUGUUGUCAGAAAGGAAUCUGAAGGUUGUGAUUGUCUACAGGGAUUUCAACUUACACAUUCCCUUGGUGGUGGUACAGGUUCCGGUAUGGGUACCUUACUUAUCUCAAAAAUCCGUGAAGAAUAUCCUGACAGAAUAAUGACAACAUUUAGUGUGGUACCUUCACCCAAAGUGUCAGAUACCGUUGUUGAACCGUACAAUGCAACCUUGUCUGUACAUCAACUGGUUGAAAAUACAGAUGAAACAUUUUGUAUAGAUAAUGAAGCUUUAUAUGAUAUCUGCUUCCGUACACUUAAGCUCACUACCCCUACAUAUGGUGAUUUGAACCAUCUUGUAUCAGCUACUAUGAGCGGUAUAACAACAUGCUUACGUUUCCCUGGUCAGUUAAAUGCUGAUUUGAGAAAAUUAGCUGUAAAUAUGGUUCCAUUCCCUCGACUUCACUUCUUCAUGCCUGGUUUUGCACCUCUAACAAGUCGUGGCUCUCAACAAUACAGAGCUCUAACUGUUCCCGAACUCACUCAACAAAUGUUUGAUGCAAAGAACAUGAUGGCUGCUUGUGAUCCACGUCAUGGACGCUACCUAACUGUUGCUGCCAUGUUCCGUGGUAGAAUGUCUAUGAAAGAAGUUGAUGAGCAGAUGUUGAAUGUCCAGAACAAGAACAGCUCAUAUUUUGUUGAAUGGAUUCCUAACAAUGUGAAGACAGCUGUCUGCGAUAUUCCACCAAGAGGCUUAAAGAUGUCAGGCACCUUCAUUGGCAACAGCACUGCUAUCCAAGAAUUGUUCAAGAGAAUCAGCGAACAAUUCACUGCUAUGUUCCGUCGUAAAGCUUUCCUUCAUUGGUACACUGGAGAAGGCAUGGAUGAAAUGGAAUUCACAGAGGCUGAGUCCAACAUGAAUGACUUGGUAUCAGAGUACCAGCAAUACCAAGAAGCCACUGCUGAAGAAGAAGGUGAAUUUGAAGAAGAGGAGGAAGAAGAAGAAGCUUAAUGGUGUUUUUGGAACUAUAAACUAUGAUUUCUAAUAUAUUUUACUCUACAACUUUAAGGUUAUAACGUUGUCAAAUGUCUCACUGCGAAUACAGUAAAUGUUUACCAUAAAA